GCCCAGUUCAUCGAAAGAAGAACAACAAAUUACAAAUACUACUGUUGUUGCAUUUCUUCAUUCAUCGGAAUCCCUAGAACACUGGUUAGCAAAAUCAAAUCGGAUCCAGUGAUCAGAGUCAAUCCGAUCGAGAGAUUGAGGAAAGAUGACGGAGGCGAUGAUAAGGAAGAAGCCAGGAAUGGCGAGUGUGAAAGAUAUGCCGCUGCUUCAGGAUGGUCCGCCACCGGGUGGGUUCCCGCCGGUCCGAUAUGCUCGCCGGAUAUCCAAUACGGGUCCUAGCGCCAUGGCCAUUUUCCUUGCUGUUUCCGGUGCUUUUGCUUGGGGCAUGUACCAGGUCGGCCAGGGAAAUAAAAUCCGCAGGGCGUUGAAGGAAGAGAAAUAUGCUGCUCGUAGAGCUAUACUUCCCAUUCUCCAAGCAGAAGAAGAUGAAAGGUUUGUGUCCGAGUGGAAAAAGUAUUUGGAUUACGAGGCUGAUGUGAUGAAGGAUGUUCCGGGAUGGAAAGUUGGUGAGAAUGUGUACAACUCUGGUCGUUGGAUGCCACCGGCGACUGGAGAACUCCGUCCUGACGUCUGGUGAUUUCUUGGUUUCUCUCAUAUGCAUAUGAUGAUGAUGAUGAAUGAUUUAAUGUUUGGCCAAGGAUUAACGUGUUCUGUUUUUAUCUUUUUCAUUUUGAGUAAUAAAGGAGAAUGAUUCGACAUACAGUGAUUCUUGUAUUGGUAUUAAUCUGUGUGUGUUUUGUGUAAGUGUUUCAAUGGUAACAUGAGUCAAAAACAGCUUCAUCAGCAAACAUGCAAGAAUGGUUUAGCUUC